CUUCUCUGGGAGACCACGCCCCGCCCGCCAAGGCCCCGCCUCAGGUGAGCUUCCUCAGACUCCUCCUCAAUGUCCCGUUUCGAGUUUGGUCCCGGAAGCCGGAGACGGGCGGAGCCAGGUCAAUGAGGCCGGUGGUCCCGCUUCGGGAGCAAGGCGGCGGCGGCGGCGGCGUGGAGGAUGAGGGGAGACGCUUCGUGGUUCUUGGUGCUGGUGGCGGGGCUGCUCCCUGGGCUUUCAGGGCUGAGGCUUCUCCUCAGCGCUCCGCCACUUUUCAACUGUUCCCAGCCGGGUUUACGCUGCCUUGUGCGAAACAGUUACUGUGUGGAUGAGAGCUGGCUCCUUUCUUGGAAAUGGACUCCUUCAGCCCCGAGUUCUGUUGACGUAUUUAUUGAUACAUUUUUUGCUGAAGAUGGGAAAUUGGUCCCUGUGCUGAAGAUAGAGUGGAAAGUGGCUACUGAUGCAAGCAUCAUAUACCUCAGAGGAGCGGAAUUGGCUGUAGUACAAUUAAGCGAUAACCGCCAGAUUUGCGCUCAAUUUGACUUUCAAAAUAACCUGACAUUCCAAGUCCGUCCAGACAAUGGAGGCCGGUGGAAUUUCUCUUUCAAUCGUUUUGAGGUACAACCAGGCCAAAUGUACCAAGUAACAGUCUAUCAUUUGCCCAAAUUAAGUACUCCAGGGGACUAUAACAGGAGAUCAAAGCCAUUCACAGUACCAAAUUGCACACAUCCUAUCAUGAAAACAACAGAACCGUGUCUGCGAAUAGGGAGUUUGUGGGAAUCCAGAAUUAGUGGAACAAGUCUAGAUGACGAUUCUGUGUUGGUGAGCUUUGACCCUGCAGAGAUACCAACCACCUAUUUUAUCCACGUAAUCAGUGUUCGGGAAGAUGGAAAGGAGUGCAAGAAGGCCACGGAAAGUAUUUCAGAGAAGGGUCUGCAGCAGCGCCUUAAUGUAACGGUCAAGCUGGAAAGGAACUUGAAGAUUUGCUGCAAAUACAAAGUGGAGAUCCAACCCUUCUUUCCUGGCUGUGCUACAGACUGUGAGAGGCAUUCAUUUUUAAUCCCAUGUUCUUCUGCUGAUACCUUAAGUCUUCCUGAUCAAUCCAGAAUGAAUGAUACAUUUUCAGUGGGCCUACCUUGGAUCCACACCAUGAUCUGCAUUUUGUUAAUUGGUUCAGCUAUUGGUUCCGCAAUCUGCCUUACUCGAAGACAAAAAGAAUUAAAUUCUGCAGCAAAAAACGGUGAUUUUGAACUCCAAGAUGUCACCCCUAUGUUACAACCUCCUCCACCCCUCAAGCCACGUACAGUUUGGAUUGUGUAUUCUGCUGAUCACAAGCUCUAUGUAGACAUUGUGUUGAAAUUUGCUCAGUUCAUGAUCACCGUGUGUGGUACGGAGGUCAUCCUAGACCUGCUAGAUGAACACCAGAUAUCUGAGAUGGGAGCAGUGUGCUGGCUUACUCGGCAGAAACAGAAAAUGGAAGCGCUGUCUUCAAAGAUCAUCAUCUUGUGUUCCCGGGGUACUCAAGCUAAGUGGCAGGCUAUGCUUGGGCACGAGGAAUCCAGUGUGCAUCUGAAGCAAGAUAAUCUGCUGCCAACAGGAGACAUGUUCACUCCAGCACUGAAUCUGAUUUUACCAGAUUUUAAGCAGCCAGCUUGCUUUGGACUGUAUUUAAUCUGUUACUUUGAGGGCAUAAGCAAUGAGAGUGACAUUCCAGACCCUUUCCACGUCAUCUCCAAAUAUCAGCUGAUGGAUAAAUUUGAGGAAAUUUACUUCCUAAUCCAGGAUCUUGAAAAAUUUGAGCCAGGGCGAAUGCAUCAGAUUCCAGCCAUCUCGCCUGAAAAGUACACUGAAAGCCCCUGUGGCAAACAGCUGAAGGAAGCUUUGCAGAAAUUCCAGACAUGGCAGGCUGAGCAUCCAGAUUGGUUUAAAACUGAAUGUGUCUGCGCUGAGGAUGAAGAUGAAGAUGAUCUACAACCUCUGAGUGGGGAACUCAUUGAAGAAUUAGUAUUCCCUGGAAAAGGAAUUCUUAAGCAGCAGCUGCUUCCAAAGGAACCUGGCUCCAAUAGCUGUUGCUUAGUCAAUCUUCUGGUUAAUGAAGAUGACUUGGGAGCAUAUAAAUUGGCACCUCAGCAUCUGUCACAAGAAGAUCUAGCAUUCCACACUCUGGUCACUCCCGCUGAGACACCUUCUGUUCAGGUGGUCAAGCCAACUGCCCUUGCAGAAGAAAAUGAGAUACUCAGUCAUAAACUGUUGACCAAUGAAGAUUGGCUAGAAAGCAUACCUAUGAUAGAAGCUAGCAUCCCAAGAAGAAAUCAUGUCAUUCUUCAAGAGCAUUUAUCCUCAGAUCCCCAGGCCUUGCCAGCUGACGUGAGGCAACAACUGGAGGGAUUGAUGUAUUCCCUCUAUCAACAAAGUGUCAUCCCCUCUGAUAUGCCCCUUUGCCAAGAAGAUGUUAAUGAGCAGCAACAGCUGUUGUUUGAUGAGGCUUCCAAAGUUCAGAGACAGUCGGUACAGUCAGAUCAGGGUUAUAUCUCCAGAUGUUCUUCUUUCCCUUCUAAUAGCACUGUUGAACCAGAGGAAGAAGAGAACCAAGAACAGGAAGGAUAUUGGUCUGCUGAGCAUCUCACUGCAGAUGUCUUAAGUAGUCUAAAAAGUCUUCAGCAGCAGUUGCUUUUCCAGGAUAUCCAGAAAAACUGCAGCUAAGGUCACUUGGGAGAGGGUCGGGAGAAUUUUGUUUUGUUUUGUUUUUGAAACAACUAGACAACCCAUGACUGAUGAGGUCAUUCUUCUUUCAGUAUGUAAUAUAGACCCUCAUUGUUUCCCCACCCCUUGUGACAUUUGAGAGCCCUGGUGAAACCCCUCCCUCCUCUUCCUCAGCUGAUUCAUGAACCUGUCACUUUGCUAGAGGGAGAGAGAACAAAGAGAGGAAGGGGGCUCAAGGGCUCAGCUAUCACUGGCACACCAGAGCCAGUCCUACCCAGGCAUCCCAGUCUCUUCUUUGUCUUUUCUGUUUCCAAAUAUAAUAUAGCCUUGCACCUUUCCCUUCCGUUCACAACCCUCAAAAGAACCCCUCCUCCUGCCCUCAGCUGACAUGUGGAACUGCCUGCCACUUCAUUGUGGAGAGGGAGAACUAUGGGAGUCAUGGACCACAAGGAAAACUGCACCCUCCUUCUCAUUCUGGCAUGUCCCCAAGGGAUCCCUCUCUCCAGGGAGGAAGAAGGCUCACUUCAACCAACCCUACCUUACCAGCAGGCAUCCAACUUACUCCCUCAUUCUUCCCUUACUAGCCACUGCCAUUAAGAGGUUUAAAAUUUUGACCAUGGUUUCAAAGCUGCCAGUGGUCACUUGUCUCUCAGGUCUUGCUACCAGCCAAUUGGGCGUAGGGGCCAGAGGGAGGCUGGAAAUAGGGUAAGUAUGUGUCCCUCCCAUCUUCCCUUGUGCCAUGCAACCCAUAGCUUCCUGGAAAGUACAGUCAGGAAAGUAUGGCACUAAAUCGUUGUCAAACUCCCAUGGGGGUCAUAGAUCCCAGAUUUUGGACGCAUUCUGUAAAUUGGUCCAUUUAAAGUACUUUGAUUCAAAAAUUGUUGCUCUAUGAUGCACCAUUUUGCCCAAUUGAAGGCCACAAAGUAUCAGACAGACACAAGAGUUUUACUGUAGUACUGUAUAUAAGUUAAUGGCUGUUUGUUGGAGUGUGCAGCGCCUAACCUAAGCUAAAUAGCAGUGUGCUAUAAUGCUAUAAACUGCCUCUUAAGAAUACAGGCAUAGCCAUAGAAGAUCAGGAGAAUUUGCCAAAUAUUCUGAAAGCUCUUCUGAAAGUAACAAGUAUUAAAAUAGAAAAAAAAAACUUUAGGUGACAUGAAAAAGACUGUCUAGUCCAGCACCAUUUUCUCCAUUGUGGCUGAUAGCAGAUUAUCUCUGAAUUUUGUAGUUUUGUAAGGCAAAUCAGCAAGAAUCGCCAGUCUCUUUUUAUAAGUCUUCAUUUUUGUAACUCUAGUCACAAUUUGUAGCAGUGAUUUUUGUUAGCCAGUUUUGCCCUAUACAAAGGUUUUCUGUCACCUCUGCCGUUUAAUUUCAUAGUAUUAUCUGCAUUUAUCUUAUUACUUAGCAAGGAAGAAAAGCUCUACUUACGGUACCUUAUGUCCCUGGUGCUCCAAGUGAUGCUGUAGCUGUCCUUAGUGCCUGGAGACCGUAGGGACCUGGAUGGGGGACAACAGACUUCACUGAAUCCUAUCAAGACGGAGUGGCUAUGAAGGCAGGGGGACCUCAGGAUCUGGUUAUUUAUCAUCUUUAGUUCUGUAUGUGGUUAUACUACUCCAGACAGACCUGGUGUGCAACCUGGAAGUUCUCCUGGAAUUGCAACUCGUGCUCGAACAGCAGGUGACAGACGUGUCUAGGAGAGCCUCUACACAACGUUGAGUUGGACGCCAGUUGCCCCUUUAUUUGGAUCAUGAGGCCACAGUCAGUCAUGCCCUAGUCAUCUCUCAGUUGGAUGACUACAGUGCUCUCUACAUGGGGCUAACUUUGAGGAGUAUUUAGAUGCUACAGCCGAUGCAGAAGGCAGCGACACAAAUAGUUCUGAGGGCCUGUAGGGUGGCAUGUAUAACACUGCUAUUUGGGCAAGCUGCAUUUGUUACCUGUUUGCUUCCAGGUCCAGUUCAUGGUGUUGGGUUAUUACCAAAGCCUUAUAUGGCAUGGAUCCAGGGUAUCUGAGAAGCUGUCUCAGCCCAGUGUGACUAGCCCACCCCACUUGUGCCAGCGGAAGAGGCCUGCUACAGACUCCAUCUGCUAAGGAAUUUGAGCAGGUGGGCUAAAGAAGAGCUUUUUUCCUCUGUGAUCCCGAUCCUGUGGAAUACAGGUAGUCCUCAACUUACAACAAUUCAUUUAGUGACCAUUCAAAGUUACAACAGCACUGUUGUAGUGACAUGACCGUUUUUCACAGUUACAACCUUUGCAACAUCUCCAUGAUCAUGUGAUCAAAAUUCAGAUGCUUGGCAUCUGGUUCAUAUUUACGACCAUUGCUGCGUCCCAAGGUCAUGCGAUCCCCCCCCUUUUUUAAAAAAAAAAUUGAUUUAUAUGCCUCCCUUCUUCGGAGACUCAGGGCGGCUUACAAUGCGUUAAGCAAUAGCCUUCAUACUUUUGUAUAUUUAUACAAAGUCAGCUUAUUGCCCCCACAAACUGGGUCCUCAAUUUACCUACCUUAGAAAGGAUGGAAGGCUGAGUCAACCUUGUGCCUGGUGAGAUUCGAACUUACAGUAAUUGCAGACAGCUGGUGUUAAUCACAAUGCUAUCAGUCUGCUGAACCACCAGGCCCUGCGACCCUCUGACAAGUAAAAUCGAUGGGGAAGCCAGAUUCACGUAACCGGGUAACUAACUAAUCAACUGCAGUGAUUCACUUAACAACCAUGGCAAGAAAGGUCGUAAAAUGGGGCAAAACUCACUUAACAAAUGUCUCACUUAACAUAAAUUUUGGGCUCAAUUGUGCUUGUAAAUUGAGAACUACCUGUACUCUACCACUGAAGGUGAAAACUACUCCCGGCCUUUUGGCCUUCCAGAAGGGCAUUAAAACUUGGUUUUACUGGUUGGCCUGGGGCCCCAACUGGGGGUGCUUCCGCUGGAGGUGGUUGACCUGGUAAGAAGACCUCAGCCCCAUGUCAUCCACCUCCUUGGUUCCAGUUUUUUGCAGAGUUUUAAAUCUUUAAUUGCUUUUCUAUUUAUCUUUUUAUGUUCUAUACACCAUCCAGAGUUGCCCUACUCAGGGAGAUGGGUAGCAUAUAAAUUUAAUUUUAAUUUUUUUUAAAAAAAAAAGUCAGAUAUAGGAAACAGCUGCAAUUGUGCGGUUGCUGUGGGUUUCAAUUUUACCCCUUUGGAUUCUCCAUGGGAUGUUAUUUGCAGCACAGAGACAGCAUUUCAUAGCAAAAGUCUGUUGCCUCUGAAACAAAAACAUGCAUGGUUUCCAAACUUGACAGUUGCCCUGACAACAAGUUGAAGCAAAUAAUUGUUGUUAAAAGGGUGUAUGUAUGUGUGUGAGUGUACAAGCGCAUAGAUGAGAGAGGGAGUUGGAGGUUUCUCUGCCAGAAAUUAUUUAGGGUGCAGAAAACACACCACUUGAUUCAAAAUUUAGACUUUUUAAAAUUAGCUUCAAGAAUCCAGAUAAACUCUUUGCUUUUGCAUACAGUAGGUUCUUCCGAAUUAGAUACAGGUGGUUCUUGACUUGCAACACAAUUGGGAUCAGAAUUUCCACUGCCAAGCAGGGCAAUUGUUAAGUGAGUCAUACCCUAUUUUACAGCCUUGUUUUUGGUUAAGCAAAUCACUGCAGCUGUUAAGGGAAUCACAGCCAUUAAGUGAAUCCAGAUCUCUCCCCCCCCCAUUGACUUUGGUAUGUUGAAAGUUGACUGGGAAGGUCGCGUGCAAGUGGCAAUCACAUGACUUGGGAUGCUGCAACCAUGGUAAAUGCAUGCCAGUUGCCAAGUGCCCAAAUUUUGAUCAUAUGACUGGGUAUGCUGCAACCAUUUUAAGUGUGGGGCCCGGUUGUAAGUCACUUUUUUCAGUGCUAUUGCAGCUUUGAAAGUCACUAAACGAAUGCUUGUAAAUUGAGGACUACCUAUAUACUGUUGAAUACCCUUACAUUGCAACUUUAAUACCCAACUGCCGAUAUAGGAAUUGAAAAAGCUAUUAAAAGAUCCAAGUACAUUGGGUUAAUUCAGUUCAAACUCAAGUUAAAUAGCAGCCGCUGUGGAGGAUUUAGGAAAAGUAAUUUCCCAACUUGAUUACCUUACGCUUUUCAUACAUUGUGAAACCUGCUUUCUUGCUAAUUACAUCAAUAUAUUAAGGCAAAUGAGCAGGACUGUUGUUUUUCUCAACUAAUGACCUUCUAGCCUAGUGGAAAUUACUCUGCAGUAUCUUUCAAUGUUUAUCACUGAUGUUCAAGCUGGUUAUUUUAAUUUUACACUCUGUCUUUUCCGGUGUAGCUUCUAUUAUACAAUUAAAUUGUGUACUAUAUUUUUCAGCGUUGCUAGCUUAAUUUAAAUUUGCAAAUAAAUGUAACCAUAUUUUUAGUCAUGUAUUAAUCAGAUUGUUUUGUUUUGCAUUUGCAUGUUUGCUACUUUUGGCCAAGCUUGGAAAUGAGCAGUUACAGAAUGCUGAACAGAUGCUAAACCUGUUUCAUUUUUUACCUAAAUAUUUAAAGAGCAAGUGUCAGUUAGCUAAGUCCAAAAAACUGUGGCUAACUCAUAGUUGCUCAUGAAUCGACAUACCAUUGUGGCUGAAUUAUCUAUAUAUCAGAAAUAGGAAGAAUGAAUGGAAUGAUUAACACUCCAAGUACUUUGUGUUUCAGAGACACUGUAUAUCAAUGGACAGUUCACACCAACAGAAUGUUAUUCUAAUCAAAGUUUAGAAUAUUUUGUAUAACAAUUCUUUUCUUACAAUGGCCCUGAAAUGAUGGAAUACAAGAGUAUUCUUCAUUUUCUUUGUAAGGGCAGUAUUUCAUAACCAGUUUUUACAUACUUGUAGUUGUUAGCAAGUUUCAUAUCAAAUUUAAAUAGCUGUUAAAAGAUGCAAAAUUUAUCUUGAAACAUUAAACUUUGUUAUAUAUUUAA